GCGCCCCAGUGAUGCCAACCCGUUUAAACCUCCCACCCGCAGCCACUAAAGCUAAUAUAUAGAGAAGAGCUCCUGGGUGGCGGAAAACUGCUCCUCCUUUCUUGAAAUUAUCCUGAGCUUCAAAAUGCACUCGUGAUCUCCAUUUCCAACGUGUACAAUACCCCACAGUAUUUGUUUUCUAAAAGUAGAGCUGAAGUUUGCUGUCGAUUACCUCCUCCCCCCCGGCGCCGUCUGUCGCUUGGACCCUGAACAUCUGAUUCCUGCCAUCGUGUAACGGGGGGCCCGCACGCCUAGUGAUGCACAACAUGGCUACUGCAUUGUCGGGUAUAUUGAAACAUGCGGUCGUGUUUACUUAUGGGCUCUUCACUUUGAUUCUUUACGGACUCACAGCUUUAUGGAAGGGGUACUUUUUUAGGGGGUCGACCGAGAAAGAGAACCUGGAGCUGCAGCUGGCUCGCGAUCGCUUCUGGAAUCUUUCGAAAACUUGGUCAGGCUUUUCUCACUAUUGUAUCACCUUGCGAAAUGGCUUCAGGUUCCAUUAUGUUUCUAAUGACCUCCCCGGCAACCCCGCAGCUGAUAAACCAUUGAUUAUACUUAUCCAUGGAUUUCCUGAUAGCUGGGCGGUAUGGCGCCACCUGCUUAAAUCGAAGGCUCUGCAGGAGGCGGCCACUUUGGUCGCAGUGGACUUACCUGGAUACGGUGGUACUGAUAGCUUAGAGGAAUACUCGUCGACGAACGUGCUGGAAAGCUUGGCAGGUUUUAUCAUCGCUAUCAGGGCAAAGUACAGGAUCGAUACUGAUGCCGGUGCGCGCCAAAGAAGGACCGUGAUUGUGGGCCAUGAUUGGGGCUGCGUCCUUUCCAUGCGCCUUGCCGCCGAAGCUCCUCAGUUGGCAGAUCGAUUUAUCUUAAGUAAUGGGCCAUUGGUCAGCAUGGUUGCCUCCAAUAUUCGCCGAUCGCUAUCUUCGUCGCUGAAAAUGUUCAAAACGGCCCUGCGUUCUCCAAUUAAUUCUCGCUCGACGCUUUGCAAAGCAGUCAAGUCGCUGAAGCCAGUUGCCCGCCAGCUACUGCUUUCAGGGUAUAUAUUUGCGAUGCAACUUCCCAUGCCCUUCGUUGUGUAUUUGGGUACAGGUGGCAACUAUUCUUUCUUGAAAUUGGCCCACAAGGGAUCUUAUGGAAACUCGCCAUUCAGUCUCGAAGAUGCUGCUGAGUGUAUGGCAAGCUCAUUGGGCCCGUCCGUGGAGGAAUGCAGAACACAGACGCCUGAUGGUGAGGGAUACCCUGCUUCCGUUGUAAAGGAGCGCGCCCUUGGCAAUUUCCAGCACAUGGCCCGUUACUAUCGGGAAAAGGCGGCUACUUCGCGCUGGCAGAAAUCUAUCGAAACGAUUGCCGAUCUGCACAGCAUCUCGGGGGGAAAUGAGCUUCAUCGAGCUAGUAGCGGGGCUGGACUAUUUGACGAUGGGCCGACCGGUGUACUGAAAGCCCAUUCGACCAUUAUCUGGGGCAAAGCUGAUAUCGCUUUGGAUCCACAAAUGUGCUUAAAUGGGUUUUCGGAUUAUCUGGUCCGUAACAGUCAGGUGGUUGAGCUGCCCCGGUCUGGGCAUUUCACCCCACUGGAACGUGAGAGCUGUGCUGCAUUGAUCCGAGCUGUGGAAUGGGCCGCUGGAGGUGAGCAGGAGGAAAUCGGAGCUGCGAUUCAGAGAGAUUACCCGGAUGCGGUCGUAACGGUCCGAAAGUGAAAACAAAACGCCUCCCUUGACUGGGAACGGGAAUAGUACUAACCUAAGUGGUCGCGAUGUCGGGGCUUUGAUGUUUGCUCUUUGUGUGCGUUUCCUUAUGCUUCUUUGU